AUGGCACCAAAACGAUCAUUCGCUUACGGCCAAGGAGGCGGCGGCGGAAGCGGCGGCGUGACCGCACCUAUAAUCGACACCCUCGACGCCCUUCCCUCGCGGCCGCUUCGUUUCGUGCUCCUGCUGCUCCUCGCGAACUUCGCCGGCCAUUACUUUCCGCUGCUCUGGUCGGAUACCGACCGCGGAGCGCUCCUCGCGGGGGGAUGGGGGGCGCGGGGGUUUUCCGCCAAAGGCUCAGCUUCGGGGGAAGGCGUGGGGGGGAAUCUGGAAACAGUGAGGGGGCGGGGGAAUCGCACCGCGCUACAAAUAGGAUCUGUCGGCUCGGAUGCGAUUCGUGGCAGCGGCGCGAGCAGGUUGCAGGGGGUGGGGAGGGCGGGUGGGGCGAAUCAGGAGGAUGAGGGUCUGGGAGCAACGGAAUGGGAACGGAGAGGGGCGCGGAGUGAUGAAAGGGGAGGGAUGGAUCGGGGGAGCGAAGGAGCGGGUGCGGGCGCGGGCGCGGGCGCGGGCGAGGGGGAGGGGGAAGGCGCGGUGGGGUUGACGCCUGAGUCUCCCCGGCACGUGCGUCCCACGCACUCGCGUGCGCUCAUUGCAGCGCACAUCUCCAAGUCACCCAUCGCCCGUCUCCUGUCUCUCGUAUCUCUUCCUUCUCAUCUCUUCUCGCCACCCACCAUCCCAACCGCUUCCGCCUUCUCCUUACGCAACCCUUGCCCCUUCCCCACUCUUCCCCAUUUCCCCUUUCCCCACGUUCCUCCUUCCCCCUAUCUCCCCUCCCCCCAUCUCCCCUCCACUCCCCUCCCGUCCGCCUCCCCUCCCCUUCAUCGCCCUCUCGCCCCCUCGCCCCCAUCGCCCCGAUCGCUCCUCUUGCCCAGGCAGUCCAUAUCGGCUGUAGCGGAUCUGCGGGGGGGGCAGCGGCGGGUGCUGCUGUUCAUGCCUCGGCACGGGCUGGGCAACAGCCUGCGCGGCUACGUCUCCGCGUUUGUCUAUGCCCGGCUCUCUGGCCGCCGCCUUGUGCGCCUGCACGCUGCCGAGCACGCCAAGGUGUACGACACGCUGUGUGCGGCGUUCACAUGCGGGUUCGACGCCAUGCGGUGGUCCAACGAGUCGGGCCCAUGGGGUGGCACCAUGGGCGUGUACCGCCAGCUGGAGCUGCUGCAGCCCGUGCAGCUGCAGUCCGCCUUCAAGACCUCCGGCAAGAUAAAGAGCAGUCUGGGCUUCACAGGCCCCAUCAUGCUGAGCAAGUCACCGUCACACUUUGACGGCUUCUGGCAGCUGUACCCGCGCGUGCAGGCCUGUGUCUUCUCCGCCUUCCGCUGCUCCUCCCUCUGGUGCGUGCACUCCCGCGCCAUCCACGAACUCAUUCUCGGCCCCUCACGCCUACUGCAAGAGGUCGUAGGGCAAGUGCUGCUGCAGCAUAUGGGGGAGGGGACACCCCCCGUGCCGUCUCAGAAGGGAGUGGCGGAUGGGGACAUGUUUGACGUUGCUCUGCAUAUCCGCACGCGCCCUGCUGCGAUUGAGCAGAUUCGGGGGCAUGGGGACGAGGAGUUGAGUCGAGUGGGGUGUGAGGAUGCGGAGGAGGAAGAGGAGGAGACGGGUGCGGGGAGCAAGGGGAAGAAGGGCAAGUCGCAUGAGUUUCUAAAGGGAUGCCUGUGGGACUGCAUAGCGUCUCUCCUGGAGAAGCUUCAACAGGAUAAGGCGGCACGGAGCAUGGCCAGGGAUGCCGCAGCGAGCACGGACAUGGAGAGGCAGCGCAUGCCCACCAUGGCAGAGUUCUUCCUCAUGGCCAAGGCUCACACGCUCAUUGAAGCCGGCUCCUACAUGAGCACCUUUGCGUACUUUGCUGGGCUGCUUGGGAACGCCACGCUGGCUAGUAUUGACUGGGAGGGAGGGUCACGGAGAGGGAGAGCAGGAGGGGUGGUGUGUGGGCUGAAGGUUUUUCAUGAGGGUGAAGCGGUGGAGGAGUAUGUGGGGGGAGGGUGGGCGGGGCAGCAGGGAGGGGCUGGAGCCUGGGAGAGGUGA